AUGCCCCGCGCCUUUCCACCCGUGACCUCCAGCCUGGACGGGACGAAUGGCACCCCGCGCGCCCCGAAACUCACCCUCUCCGCGUCUGUUAUAGAGAGCGUAGCAGGCUUCAGCGCUGGUGUCGUGUCCUGCCUGGCCGCGCACCCAUUGGAUCUGCUUAAGAACCGGCUCCAGCUCAAUACAACGGCACGCUCACGCCUCGGCGACUCCUUCCGCAUCCUCAGCAAUGUUGUGCGCGACGAAGGGGGCGUCAAAGCCCUGUACCGCGGACUGUGGCCGAAUCUACUCGGAAACAGCCUCGGCUGGGGCUUGUACUUCCUCUUCUACGGCAACCUGAAAGAGCUGCUCAAGAAGCGGAAGGCCGAGGGCGAACACCUGGGCAGCGCCGAGUUCUUUUCUGCCAGCAUCAUCGCCGGUCUCAGCACCGGGUUCUGCACGAACCCAGUAUGGGUGGUCAAAACACGGAUGCUGGAGAGAGGCGCAAACCACCCUGCAGCCUACAAGACGAUGCGCGUCGGGCUCUCCCACGUCUAUGCCACUCGCGGCCUGAAAGGGCUUUGGGCAGGCUUUGUGCCGAGCAGCUUGGGUGUGCUGCAUGGCGCGGUCCAGUUCUCCAUCUACGAAAACAUGAAGAAGAGAAGAGGUGGCCAGGUCGGUGGGCAGGAGAGGCUGAGCAACUGGGAGUACAUGUACAUGAGCGGCGGAAGCAAGCUGUUAGCCGGUGCCAUCACGUAUCCAUACCAGCCAAUCAGGGCGAGAAUGCAGCAGUACGAAGCAGCGAGUAGGUACAACGGACUGUGGGACGUGAUGAGGAAGACAUAUACGAACGAGGGCUUCUUUGCGUUCUACAAAGGAGUCAUUCCCAAUACCCUGCGUGUUAUCCCUACUACAGUCGUCACAUUCCUGGUCUACGAGAACACAAAAAUCUACCUACCGAAACUCUUCGCAGACGACGAACAACUGGCGCAUGACGAGGAUUGA